AGCUAGUGUUUUUUAAAGUGGUUUUAAUGUAUUCAGAUAUUUCAGAUAGCGACAGCGACCUAGAUUGGUUGUUUACGGACGAUUCUUUGUCCGAUGAUGAAAAUGAAGAUUACAUCAACGAAAUUUUACAAUGCGCUUCAAAAAAACGAGGCAGACCAGCGCUACACGAGCAACAUCCGGGCUUGGUUCCAUGUAUCGCAUCCUACAUAAGUCAGAACUCGGCCGAGGCCCAUUUGAGGCGCAGAGACAGUAUUAUGUACACAAAUGGUGUAAGCUUAAAAGAUAUUGUCUCUCACAUAAAAAGUACGCUCGGGUUAAAUGUGAGUAAGAGCGCAGUGCAUUACCUCAUGAGACCGAGGAGAAAAAAAACCACUUCGAGCAAGCGUCACAAAUCGUUGGUUGAUGCACGUGUUCCGCCCAAGCGCAACACGGGAGAAAAAAAGAUCCAUGAAGAUUUUCAUUUUUCUUGCUCCCAAGUUAACUUGGUUAAUGAGUUAGCGCAGUUAUGCAAUGAAAACACAAUCUCCUUGUCAGUUGACAACAAAAACAAGGUGGAUGUUGGUAUUCCCGCCACGAGUAGACGUGCGCAAAUCCGACGUUAUCACAUCGAAAAUGAGGCUCCCAUUUAAAAUCAAACUGAUAAAAAAAACGACAACUCACUCGCACGUGUGCUCUGACCCUCUGAAACCAAUGAAUGAAUCACGAUUCGAACACAGAGCAGAAGAUAAAAAUUGUUACAUUUUUCUUCUUGAAAAAUUCGAAAAGGACGGUUUCUCUUAGCUCCCCAACAUAACAUUUAAAUCUAUUAAGUUAAAAAGAGCUAAUAUACUGAAAUGUACGAACCAUUACAGGCAGAAUACACCUAAAUACACCUAAAUACACCUGAGAACAAACAUCUUGACAUAAAUUUUGCUUUUAUCCCUGAUCUGUGUACUGGUUUCGUUUAGUUAAUGAAUACCAUGUUAAGGCUAUUUUCUACCUCAAGAAAAUUUUCGGCGAUUUUUGAUUGGCUAAUUUUAAUGUUUUUCGAUGAUGUGACGUUUGCGGAGGAACGCCAGCCAUUUCGAAUAUAUCUCCCAGUAAAGACGAGCUAUGUUUCGCAUCUAACUAUCUAUAUUUAAUAUCUAUAUAUUCCUUCCUAACAACAUAUUUAAAGAAUCCUAAUCUUAAAGAAUAUUUAUGGCUAAAUUCAGUUUCAGAUAUACUUACCAGUAAAUAUCGAAAAUAACUCAAGAUUCCAUCUGUCACGACCAAUAAUAAUAUUUUUUGUGAGAUUUGUUUCGCUUUUCCACAACAUAGUUCCAGCUUCGAACGACGAAGUUUGCUGUGAUAAAAUGUUGCCAAGUUUGAUAAAUAUACAGACCGUAACAUUCAACAAUCGAACGAGUACAAACAAUGUAGCUUAAGUUAAUCAGUAGCUGUGCCACUGCUAGCCAGGAGACCCAGCGUAAUUUUUCUUACCACCGGGAAAUCGGAGUAGUUAAGGUGGGAAAAUUACGCUGGGUCUCAAACGAUUUUUCUGCGGCCAAAAUCUGGCCGCGCUUUUUGAUUGGCUAAUUCUAUUGUUCUCUGCUCACGUGAUUAUUAUCGGGGAAAGCCCUUUUCAUCCCGAAUAUUCCAGCGAGUGGUUUCACUCACCCUAACAAACAUUAGUAUUCUACAAAGUUUUUACCAAAGUAAGAUUUGACCAAGCUUGGUAAACAACUCACAGAUAAAUUAAAAUGUCCUCCGAAGCGAUUAGUCACAUUGUUCGAUUUAAACUCGGGGUUUCCGCUGAGUCAUUCGUUCGCGUCUAAGCUUUAGUUUGAGAGAAACUCAUUUUAUCAACUGAAGAAGAAAGCUUAGUUAACUAGGCUAUGCCACUGCCGUUCCGCUAGAACAAUGGAAUAAUUUCUUUUUCACGGAACAAAAUCACGCUGGGUCUCCUGGCCAAGAUUUUUAAAGUUUCGUGUUAAACUCACGGAAGUGUUCGAAAAUAUUUUUCAACUUUUGAGACGAAUUUAUUAUAGCAGAGACGAAUUGAGACGAUUUGAGACGAAUUAAGAAAAUUCAUAGACGAAAUGAGACGAUUCGGAGACGAAUUUGUUUUUAAAAUAUGAUAUUCGGAGACGAAUUUGUGACUAUCAGGAGACGAUAUGAGACGAAUUAAGACGGUUAAGACACUACAAUGUUAUCACAAAAAAUCGUCUCGUAUGAAAGAGUUAAGACGAACAAAACAAAUUUACAAGACGAUUUAAAAUGAGCCGAAUUUAGACGAAAUUUGUGGACGAU